GUGAUAUAAGAAGGUGCACGUGCGACUGCUUGGGACUUUCGAAUUGACUGCCACGGAAAUCGGGUCAGACUUUCAAAUACUUCUUGGGAAAGCUAAUGUGAAUGAAAUAAAUAUGGAGUCCCUCUUGAUAUUUUUAGCCGUUUUGGUUUCCUCGGUAGCUGCCUUCGUCCCAGGCAAAUUAAAGGUCGACUGUGGUGCCUACCCAAAUAAACCAGCUACAUUGCAUUUCAGCGGGGAUGCAAAAGCGGUAUUUGCGUUUGCGGAUAUCGGUCAAGUCUGUCGAUUUAAAGAAACGGACGUUACGGGAGAUUUUACUUUAACAGUUGGCUACAAGAAGGGAGAUUCUUGUAAAUUUAUUCAAUCUGCUCCAGAUAGAGAUAAUUUUGUUAUAAAUGUUGAGACAAGAACUCUUCAUGAAAAAGUGGAAGGUGCAGAUGAUGAAAGGUUUAUUGUGGCUUGUAACUAUAUGAGAUUUGCUGAAGUUGAACUAAAAUACGAAAUCGUCAGUCAAUAUAAACCACCAUUAAUGCAACUGUACAACAAAGCGAAGAAAGCUAAAUCUGUAUUCACGGUUUAUUUAACCAACAUCAUGGGAAAUGCUCUAACAGGAGCCGUGGCAGAAAAAAGAAUUGUCAAGAUGAGAGCUAAAAUGAGCCCUGCCAAAUCUGAUGGUUCCGCAUCUGAGGUUGGAUUUCAGCCAGUACAAUGUGUAGCCGAACCAGAUAAAGGCGGUAGACAAUUAGUGAUAUUGUCUGAUGGGUGUGGAACAGGAUUUCCUUGGACAAAAAAGCAAGGUUUUACAAUGAACGGUCUUAUUGGAGAUAGUCCCAACUUUCGACUUUUUAGGCUGGAUAAACGACAAGGAAUUAAAAUCAGUUGUGAUUUUGUGGUUUGUACUAAACCCUGUAAUGAGAAUUCAUGUGCUGCUGCAAGGAAAACUGUUAUAAAGAACAAAAGAAGUAUUAGGAACCCUGAUGCGGUGCCGUCAUAUCUCAGUGGAACUCUAGAUUUACUUAUUUCUCCUGGAAAUAAAAGUACAUCUUCAGAAAAGAUUCAAUCCGAUGAGUCUGUUGCUUUGAAAAAAUCGAUUGUAUUUGACGUGGAAUCGCCCAUUAAGGAAAGGUCAACGUUGUAUUAUGAUUCCCAUAAAGCAACUUUUUUUUCCGCCAUCUUUAUUGCCUCAAGCAUUGUUCUCGUGUCAACAAUAAUUCUGACGACAUUUAUUUUGUCUAAAAUCCACCAGACUCAUAACCUGAUACUUAAAUGUAAAAUGGCGUCUUAAUAAAAUUGGAAUUAAUCCCAAA